CGUGGUUGUGCCAAGCCCUUGGAUGCCCAUUUCUGCUGGCAGGGUGGCAGCAAGGGCCAAAAACAGCCCUUUAGUGGCAUUCCCUGCUCCCCUCCCUGCCGUACUCCUGACGUCUGGAUUGGGGUGACUCCUCCCGCGUUUCCUCAGGAAGAAACCCAAGGCUGGAGGGAGGAAGAGGCCGCACCACGGGAGGGACGGGACAGACGGACGCCAGCGUGGGGCUGGGGAGCCACCAGGACUUGGGCCCUGGUGGUGAUGGGGAGCGUCCAGCCCAUCCUCUGCCUCCAGCUGUGGCUGUGGGUGCACAGCUCUGCCCAGGAGCUCGACCCCGAUGGCAGGAACGUCUGCAGGUUCCCCACCGGCCUGGAGUGCUGCCCUGGCUGGAAGCAGGACGGGCGGGAGUGCACAGUUGCACUGUGCGAGGGGAAGGACGCCUGUGGGGAGGACGAGGUUUGUGUGAAACCCGGGGUCUGCCGCUGCAAACCCGGCUUCUUCGGAGCAGACUGCAGUUCCCGUGAGUGUUCCCACAGGGAUCAGCCAAUCCCACCGUCACCUUUGCCAGCCGGGAUGCUCCCGGGGGCUGCAGGACUUCCCCCCAUUCCUCACAGUCUCCUUCCCCCCGCAGGCUGCCCCGAGCAGUACUGGGGCCCCGACUGCAAACAGAGCUGCCCGUGCCACCCCAACGGGCGCUGCGACCCGGUGAGCGGGCACUGCACCUGCGACCCCAACCACUGGGGACAGGUCUGCCAGUUCCCCUGUCAGUGUGGCCCCCACGGCCGCUGCGACCCCCUGACGGGCGCCUGCCACUGUGAGCCGGGCUGGUGGGCACCCCACUGCAAGAAGCAAUGUCAGUGCAACCUCGCCAGCUCCCACUGCGACUCUCUGACCGGCCUCUGCCGCUGCCUGCCGGGCUGGUGGGGCAGGAGGUGCAGCUUCAAGUGCUCCUGCUACCACUCUCCCUGCGCCCAGGAGACGGGCAAGUGCGAGUGCAAGGCCGGGUUUUGGGGGCCGGCGUGCCAGCGGCGCUGUGACUGCAUGCACGGCUCCUGCAGCCCCGUCACCGGCCACUGCACCUGCGACCCCGGCUACCAGGGCAGGAGCUGCCGGGAGCCCUGUCCGGCAGGGAAAUACGGGUCUCAGUGCGUGCACAGCUGUGGGAGCUGCAAGCGCAGCCAGCCCUGCUCACCCGUGGAUGGCUUCUGCCUGGCCUGCCAGCCUGGUUGGAACGGGACUCUCUGCAAGGAUCCCUGCGCUCCCGGCUUCCAUGGCGAGAGCUGCCUCCAGCCGUGUCCCCGCUGCCUGCGAGGGGAGCCCUGUGACCCUGAGACGGGGUCCUGCCUGCACUGUGAUCCCGGCUGGACAGGACCCAGCUGCAACAACUCCUGCCCCACAGGCACCUUCGGUGAUGGGUGCCAGCUCCUCUGCCCCGAGUGUGUUGCAGGGAGCUGUGAUCCCGUGACAGGAGUUUGCAUCUGCCAGGCAGGCUACUGGGGAGACAGCUGCAACGACACCUGUCCAGAGGGAUAUUUUGGAGUGAAUUGUUCUGAGCCCUGCCAGUGCUCCCGGGGGACCUGUGACCCUGUGCAGGGUGACUGUGUGCUGAGUUUGAAGGACCACGGAGCCCUUGCAGCCGCCAUCCUUGUCCCUCUCCUGCUGCUGCUGCUCUGCGUUGCCUGCUGUUGCUGUGGAGCCAGCCCAGCAGAUGCUAGAGACAGGGCGGCUGUGCCGGACGACGAUGUCGUGGCCAGGAUGAAGCACCACGUGCAGGGGGUGCUGGCGAACCUCAGUGCUAUGAUGCCCUGCUUCAACCUGGGAGGCUCUAAACUCCCCAAAGUCACAGUGUCCCACCAUGACACGGAAAUCCCCUUCAACCCCAGCUUUAUCGAGUCGCCGUCGGCCGCGUGGGUGUCAGACAGCUCCUUCUCCUCCUUCGACACCGACAACGAGGGACCCGAGUACUCUGUCCCUCCCAGAGAAGGCAUCCCGCUGCUGGGGGGUGCUGAGCUGCAGGAUGGGACAUCCCCCCCUGGUGAGGUGCUCCCGGACCCAUCUGCCUUCGACUCCGAGGAUGUGUCCCAGCCCUUCGCCAUCCCUCGCACCUCCAGCAUCGCCAAGGCCAAGCGACCCUCCGUGUCCUUCGCCGAGGGGACAAAAUUUGGGGCAGUGGAGACCCCCAGCCCCAGUUGGAAGCCCAAGACCCCAUGGGGCCCAUCCAAGCUGACCCAAACAGCAGGGGAUGUGGCAGUGGAGCCCCAGAGUGAGCGACCAGCCAGUGAUUGCUACGAGAACCCCGAGCCCCUCAGCAAGGGGGAGGAAAGCCACCGGCCAUCGCCACGGGCCACCCCGGGGGGACGCAGGAGGGUGGUCUCCAGCACCAGGCACGUGGCCCAGAGAGUGGAGGCACUGGAAGCAGCUGCAAAAUCUGGCAGCUGGGAGGCGAAGGGGAAAGAGCCCAAUGUCACCACCAUCUACAUGAUGGUGGGAACGGCCGGGCAGGACCCCAAGGCAGAAGGAGGUGGCGAGGGACCGGUCCAGGCUGUGCUGAAGCGUCUGGGCAGCUUGCAGAGGGGCAAGUGGGCUGCCAAGGAGGAGCCCAAGGUGAGGAGGAGCAUGGAGGCCAUCCAGAAGCCACCCCGCCGGGCCCUGGCGCAGCGCAGAGACUCGGUGAACAGCUGCAAGCAGAGGGAGAGUGUCCCAGGGGCUCCGGCCGAGCCAUCCUCCAGCAAGCACCAGCAUCUCCCUGCAAAGAGACUGUCCCUCCUUCUUGCAGCUCUCUCAUCAAAAAGCACCGGAGCCCAGGAUGGGGCCAGCGAAGCUGUGGGUGCCACUGAGAGGGGCAAAAGCCCUGAGUUAGUUGUCAGCCUUGAAACAAAGGGACAGGCUGCCAUGGAGGAAGAACCCAAAUACGAGAAUGUGACCAGCAGUGGUGCCAAUUCACCCUCCAGCCCUGGCAAGGAGCUGCUGACCACUCCUGCAGCCACCUGAGCCACCAGUGCCCGGGCUGGGACAGUGGGAGCCCAGGGGAUGCCUCCAACCCCAUCUUGGGGGGAGCCAAGAUCCCGCUCCGAGCUGUGAACUGGAGAAGCAUCGAGCCUUUCCCUGACCCCCUCUCUUCCCUCUGUGCUGUGUUGCUGGACCCUCGCUGGCUAGCACAGCCAGUGAGAUGGGUGAUGCCAAGAGCCACAGCGGUGGCAGCCUGUGGGAUUGUGGUGCUUCAGAGCUGCUUUCCUGCUCUCCCCUGCCUUACCUGCCACAUCUGUGUCUGCAAAGCCUGGGGGCACAGCGAUGCUCUGGGUGUGAUGGUGACACCUUCAAGUCCCUGUUGGCAGUGGGCCUGGGGACAUACAUCCUCUUAAACAGGAGCAGGGCGGCUGGAGGCUCAGCUGGGAAAUGCACAGGCGAGAAAGAGUUUCACCCCAUCGGCUUUUGCUUUUCCCUGUCCCAAUUCCAGUGAUGCUGCUCGGAGCCUCCUGCUAUAAAGGUGCUUCUCGCUGAAGGGGAUUAUUUUGUGGAGCUGGGCUGAGGAGAGAUGAUGGGCUGUCACGAGCAGCUUCAGAGAAAAUUAAUUUUAGCUGCUUAUCUCAAAGGGUAUCUGGGUCUGCAGGGGUUUAUCUGUGUGGCUUCUGUGGCAGGCCCUGGCUGCCUUUGCUUCUACGCACUUGUGUAGCCCAUGGAAAGGCUUGUGGCACAGCAUGGGGUGUAGCCACGGCCUUUUAAACUGCAUGCAAUACCAGGCUGCAGUUGUGCAAGAGCAAACGUGGCAGCUGGGCAGUGCCCAUCAACCUGUGCACCUGGCGCCGUGCUGGUCCUGAUAAGGAUGGAAGUUGCAUGGAAAACAGGAUUUCUACGGGUCCCCUGAGCUCCUGCUGUCUCCCACGCCUCAUUCCUGCUGUAAAGGCGGUUGAGAUGUCAAAGAGGAUUUGCAGCCUGAUCUGGUUUUAGAUGUAUCUAAGUGGUAGAAGGUUUAUUGUAUAUUUUUCUGUUAUUUCGCGUGGCGUGAAAGCCUUGGAGUGAAAAUUAAAUGUUACCAAACCCCUUCAGGAGAUGGGUUUCCCAACCACCCUCUGAAUCAAAGACAUGGCCAGGAAUAUUCUCCAAAGUGUGGAAACAGUUGGCAACCUUAGGCUUUUGGUUUUUUGGUGGUUUUUUUAACAUGUUCUGGUUCUGCUGAGUUCUGAACUCUCACUCGGUGAGCCGAGUUCUCCACAGAGCUGGAGACAGGAGUGCAGGGGGAAUGUGAGUGGGCUGUGAGCAUCCAGAGCACCUACACUGCAGCCUGAACCUCACAUAUGGUCUCCUUCUGAUCUGGCACUGCUCAGCUGGGGUUCAGGGUUUGGGGUGUUUCAGAAAACACAGUAGGUUUUGCUUUUACCCUUUUGCUUUUCGUGGGUGCUUCUCCACAGUGCAAAGCACCAAAUCCCCACAGUCCUGAUUUUGGCUGGGAGGCUUCCAAUUUUGCAGCCAGCAUGAAGCACCCUUUCCUGCAGUGGAAGCACCCACUGCCACGAUUGUAACACCAAAUAUUCCGGUAUACAAGUAAAAAUAUUUGCUCGUCCUGGCAGGACCGGAGCAGCAGCCUGGCCAGACCUCUGCUCUGCACAGGCUGGUUUUUAUUUUGACGGUUCUAUUGCAGAGGCAGGGACAGUCCCACGUUUGAUUUACAAGCAGCCAUUUUUUUCCCCGAUCGGGUGGAUAUUUUCAGCCUGUGAGCUGAGCAGUGUUGUGCCAGAAGUGAACGAACGUCACGUGAGCUGGUUCGCCCUGGGUACAGCAUGUAAAUAGCUGACAGCAACCUGACAGCUUUCCUGCCGCUGAAAGGAGAGAACGCCGCUGCUGCGAGAGCCGCUCGUGUUCACGGGCUGAGCCCGAGGCUGGAUGUUUCCCCGGCUUGAAGAUGAAGCAUCUUCGCCCUCCCUGGGCGGUGCAAGGGAAACGAGCUGUGGAUUUCCAGCGUGUGGCUGCCCAUGCACACACCGGCAGCGUGGCUGCGCUGGUGUCUUCUUGCCGGGGAUGCUUCCAAUCGGGCUUUGCCAUGGUUUUAAUCCUGGAUGCGGGAGACCUGCAGAGCGGGCGGGUGAGGGAGGGUUUGAUGUCUUCCCAUGCUGGAUCUCUGACUUUCCAAAUCCUGCUGCAGUGGUUUUAAGCCAGACAGUGGGAAGUGAUCCGUGUGCAGGGCCUGUCUGUAAGCAGAGAGGUGUCUGUGCUCUGCUGGGGCAGCUCUUGGCUCACAGGUAGGAACAGAGGCUUGAGCUGUACCUCAUUGCCACAGGGGUCUGUCCCUUAGCCUGCAGCCUUGUUGUCUCCAUUCCCAAACUUCCCAAGCAUUUGAAGAGGACCAUGUCAUUUAUUCCAGUGGCUCUAUCAGAGCAGGAGCUGUCACCUCCCUUCCAGCCUGAGCUCAUUCUUGGCCAGUUUCUAUAAAUGUGUCUCUGUGUCAGUAAUGUUCUUCAGCUCCACUUUAUUUUUUUUUUCCCCAUGCUGUUUAUUUAGUCCCGGGGGUAUUUAUGGCUGAUCAUGAAUCACCUGAUAGCUUCUUUUCUCCUUCUAGGAUAGGACACCCAAGCCCCCUCCAUGCUCUCACUGUGGCAAAGGGUUCCCGUGUCCUCAAACAGCCUCUGAGCCCUCCUUGUGCUCCCUCCUAUCGCGGUUUGUGUUUCUUGGACACAGCAACCAGGUCUGGGUGCUCAAGUCUCCCGGGGUCUCGUGCUGCCUCAGCCUUCCUCUACCUCUGCUAAACACGUGGCACUGAUCCAGGAUGCCUUGUUUUCUUUGGGCUUUUGUUUGUUUGUUUGCAUUGGCUUAAAUCCACUUUCCAGCUGCUGAAGCGUUUGACCCUUCUCCCACAGCCAAGGCUGAGGAGUUUCCUCUUCCCACCCACCCCAGCCUGACCCUUUCACAGGGGUGCCGUGGUGGGUACACAUCCCUCUGCUUCCUCUGGGGUGUUUACCUGCCCCAAAUGCUAUUUUCAUCUCCUUUGGCUGAGAAAAUAUUCCCUGUAAUGAUUCUAGGGAUACAUGGACACCUCCUCUGGACCAGGACCUCACUAAUGAGGGCUGGGCUUAUGGCAGGACUAGAAAUCCCACAGAAGGAUACUGUGAAAAUAAAUUCAAUAGAAAAAGAGAGCAGAGCUCUGGUGA